GGGAUCCUUGCCAAGUCUUACAUUGAUCAAGGGCAGCUUAUUCCAGAUGACAUCAUGACACAGCUAGUGCUGAGUGAGCUAAAAGGCCUAGAUCAGUACAACUGGCUAUUGGAUGGUUUUCCCAGAACGGUUGCUCAAGCAGAAGCCCUGGACAAACAAUGUCAAAUAAACACUGUAAUUGACCUAGAUGUGCCAUUUGAGACCAUAAAAUACCGGCUCACAGCACGUUGGAUUCACCCUGCUAGUGGCAGAGUCUACAAUCUUGAAUUCAAUCCUCCCAAACUGCAG